CAGAAGCCCAGAGCAGAGUCACCUACAACCAGCCUGCUAUCAAUGAAGAGUGAUCAGCCACCUGCUUUCAGCCAGGAACCAUUACCAGAUGACAAUAAGGAAGUGGAGAGUUUGGACAGUGAGGAUGUAUUAAAGAUCACACACAACCUUCUGGACAGAAGAAGUCAAACUCUGCUGACAGUCCAACAAGAGAUUAAGGCUAAACUGAAACACAAGUAUCAACACAUAUCUGAAGGAAUUGGACACCAUGGAAACCAAAGUCUGUUCAAGGACAUCUACACAGAGCUCUACAUCACAGAGGGUGGAAGUGGAGGGCUCAAUAAUGAACAUGAGGUUAGACAGAUAGAGAUGGCAUCCAAGAAACAAACCACACAAGAGACACCAAUCAAAUGCAACGACAUCUUCAAGCCUUUACCUGGACAAGACAAACCUAUCAGAACUGUGCUGACCAAAGGAAUCGCUGGUGUUGGAAAAACAGUCUCUGUGCAGAAGGUCAUCCUUGACUGGGCAGAGGGGAAAGCAAAUCAGGACGUUAAUUUCAUGUUUCCUCUUCCUUUCCGUGAUCUGAACCUGAAAAAGGACCAAUACAGUCUGAUGCAACUUCUUUCCCACUACUUCUCAGAGCUGAAAGAGAUUGACAGCAUUGAAGAUGGUGAAACCAAAACUGUUUUCAUUUUUGAUGGUCUGGAUGAGUGUCGACUUCCUCUAGACUUCAAAAACAAUGAGGAGUGCUGUGAUGUCACGAAGCCAACCUCAGUGGACGUGCUGCUGACAAACCUCAUCAAGGGGAAUCUGCUUCCCUCUGCUCUCCUCUGGAUAACCACACGGCCUGCAGCUGCCAAUCAGAUCCCUCCUGAGUGUGUUGACCAGGUGACAGAGGUACGAGGGUUCAAUGAUCCACAGAAGGAGGAAUACUUAAGGAAGAAAAUCAAAGAUCAGAAUCUGGCCAGUGAAAUCAUCAAACACAUGAAGACGUCAAGGAGCCUCCACAUCAUGUGCCACAUACCAGUCUUCUGUUGGAUAUCAGCCACUGUCUUUGAGAUGAUGCUGAAAGAGACAGAGAAGGAUGAAGUCCCCAAAACUCUGACCCAGAUGUACUCACACUUCAUGCUCAUCCAAAUCAUUGUGAAGAACAGAAAGUACAACAAAGCCACAGAGACGAACCCAAAGGAACUGUCUCAGUCAGACAAAGAGAUGAUCCUUAAACUGGCCAAGCUGGCUUUCCAACAGCUGCAGAAGGGCAACCUGAUCUUCUAUGAGGAGGACCUGAGAGAGUGUGGCCUUGACGUCACAGAGGCAUCAGAGUACUCAGCAUUGUGUACAGAGAUCUUUAAAGAAGAAUCUGGGCUGUACCAAGACAAGGUCUACAGCUUUGUGCAUCUGAGCAUUCAGGAGUUUCUAGCAGCAGUGCAUGCUUUAGAAUCAUGUCUGGGCAAGAAGGAAAAUGUUUUCUCCACCAAAGCAGUCACUAAGGGCCAAGAUUAUUAUGAAAACAGCCGAUUCAAAUUCUGGUCAUACAAGUUGAAGCCUGACAAGUUGACGUCAAUCGAUGAUAACGAUUACGAUGAUUCCGAUGAAGACAAAAAGGAUGACAAUGAUGAAGAGGAGUCAAUCCAGUUGUCUGAUUUACACAGGAGAGCAGUGGACCAGGCCUUGAAGAGUGAGAAUGGACACCUGGACCUGUUCCUCUGCUUCCUUCUGGGUCUCUCACUGGCAUCCAAUCAGAAUCUGUUACGAGGCCUUCUGACACAGACAAAAAGAACAACACAGACCAAUGAGAGAACAGUUGAGAGAACAGUCAGGUACAUUUCAGACAAGAUCAAGGAGGAAUCCUCACCAGAAAGGAUCAUCAACUUGUUCCACUGUCUGAAUGAACUUGGUUCCAACUCUCUUGUUGAAGACAUGCAGACCUCCCUGCAUUCAGGAACUCUUUCAGAAACAAGACUAAAACCUGACCAAUGUUCAGCCCUGGCCUACCUGUUACUGAUGUCAGAGGAGGUUCUGGAGAAGUUUAAACUGAAGAGAUACAACACAUCAGAGAAAGGUUAUCAGAGGUUAAUGCCGGUAGUGAAAACCUGCAAGAGAGCACUACUGGAUCACUGUGAACUCACAUAUGAAUCCUGUGAGACUCUGGCCUCAGCUCUGCAGACACCAAACUCUCCCCUGAGAGAACUGGACCUCAGCUACAAUGACCUGGGAGACAGAGGAGUGGAGCUGCUCUGUGUUGGACUAACCAGUCCCCUCUGCAACAUACAGACACUAGUUCUUGGUCAGUGUGGUCUGACAGAGGGUUGCUGUUCAGAUCUGGCCUCAGUCCUGAGUUCACCCAACUCACAACUGAAACAACUGGAGCUGAGAGACAAUGACCUGCAGGACUCAGGAGUUACACUGCUGUCUGCUGGACUGGAGGAUCCAGACUGUAAACUACACACACUGGGGCUGUCUGGCUGUCUGGUCACAGAGGAGGGCUGUGCUGCUCUGUCUUCAGCUCUGAGGUCAAACCUCUCCCACCUGAAAGAGCUGGACCUGAGCUACAAUCACCCAGGAGACUCUGCAGGGGGACUGCUUUCAGCUGCUCUGAUGGAUCCCACAUAUAAACUGAUGAAGCUGAAGUAA